ACUAUAAGAGUAGUGGUGGCACAGAUCCUAAGCCGAAAGCAAGGGGGAAGUCAUGCUCAAAACAAUGAAGGCCGGUCUCCUCCUCCUCCUCAGCCGCAGCGGCGUUAUGCAAAGGCAAAGCUUCUCAUGUUUGGCUGAGCUUGCACCAGUGCUUCUGGCUUGCCUUGUGUUGUACCUCUUCAACACUCUAUGGCUGAGGCCUCAAAGGCUGAGGAGGAUGCUCCAAAAGCAGGGGAUUAGAGGGCCUAGGCCUUCUCUUCUCUACGGGAAUGCCCCUGAGAUGCAGAGACUUCAAUCCGCCGCGGCCAAGGCGCCGCCGCCGGCCGGCAAGUUCAUCGCCCACGACUACACUUCUACCCUCUUCCCCUACUUCGAGCGGUGGAGAAAAGGAUAUGGUCAUGUUUAUACAUAUUCUACAUGGAACAAACAGCAUUUGUACGUGAAUGACCCUCAUCUAGUGAAGGAAAUGAAUCAAUCUACCAGCUUGGAUCUGGGCAAGCCUUUCUAUGUCACCAAGCGACUGGCACCUUUGCUUGGCAAUGGCAUUUUGAGGUCCAAUGGACAGAUUUGGGCACACCACAGAAAGAUUGUUGCACCACAGUUCUUCAUGCACAAGGUUAAGGGCAUGGUUGGUCUAAUGGUGGAGUCAGCGGAGCCAUUGCUGAAGAAAUGGGAGGCCUCCAUUGAAGCACAAGCUGAAGCUGGUGGAAUGGCAGAACUUAGAGUGGAUGAAGACUUAAGAAGUGUCACAGCAGAUGUGAUCUCAAGGGCUUGUUUCGGAAGCUCCUAUUUCAAAGGCAAAGAGAUUUUCUCAAAGCUUAGGGUUCUUCAGAAAAUCAUUUCCAAACAAGGCUUCCUCUUUGGGCUUCCCACCGUCGGCAUAUGCUUUCCAACCAGGAAGAAACGGGAGAUGACGAACUUGGAGGACGAGAUAGAGACACUAAUCUGGGAGGCGAUAAAAGAACGAGAAGAAGAUUGCUCAGAAGCAUCGUCGAUCGAGAAGGAUCUGAUGCUGCUGAUGCUAGAAGCCGCUGCCGGCGAUCAGUUUGCGGGCAGAGAUUCAGCCAAGCGUUUCAUCGUCGACAACUGCAAGAACAUAUACUUCGCCGGCCAUGAGUCCACCGCUGUCGCUGCGUCGUGGUGCUUGAUGCUCCUGGCUCUCCACCCGGAAUGGCAGGCUCGGGUCCGGGAGGAGAUCGCGCAGUUUUGCCCAGAUGGCCUCACAAUAGACGCGGAGUCGCUCUCCAAAAUGAAAAUGGUGAAAACGGUGAUUCAAGAGGCCUUGAGGCUGUACCCGCCAGCGGCGUUCGUGUCGAGGGAAGCACUGGAAGAUGCACAGAUAGGAGAUCUCACUGUCCCUAAAGGAGUAUGCAUCUGGACUUUGAUUCCAACGCUGCACAGAGAUCCUGCAAACUGGGGAGAGGAUGCUAAUGAGUUCAGGCCGGAAAGAUUUGCCAAUGGCGUCUCCGGUGCCUGUAGAAUUCCACAGGCUUAUGUGCCGUUUGGCUUAGGGCCUCGCCUGUGCUUAGGCCGCUUCUUCGCUAUGGCUCAGCUGAAGGUUGUGCUCACCCUCAUCAUCUCCAAGUUCACCUUCUCUUUGUCUCCCAAAUACACGCACUCUCCCGCUUACAGAAUGAUUGUGGAACCGGGGAAUGGAGUUCAUAUUCUCAUUCAAAGAUGUAAACAGGGCUGACCCUUUUCAAAAGAUGUACAAUGUAAUGUAGAAGACAAUCACUCUUGUUAUGCCUGUACAAAUUGUGUGUAAACUUAUAUGCAAAUACAACUCAAACUGCAGCAGU